GCCUAUCGUCGUUAGAAAAUCACAUAUGUAUUUUAUAUAUGGAGUAUACACAGUAUAUUAUAUAUAUAUAUAUACGGUUUAUAGAUAGAUAUAUCUUAGUUUUUCUUCUCUAAAAGGGCUAUUGUUGUUGAAGCUACUUUGAUCAUUCGCCGAAACUAACUCUUCUUUGCAAGCUAGUGAAGCUGUCUCUUUUUGAAGGUACUCAUUUCAUUCGAUUUUAUAUAUAAAUAUAUUUGUAGGCGUUUUGACUAUGCUUUUUCUGCCACUGUAGACGUUAGAUCAAUCAUUUAUCAUAGAUCGAACUUAUUUUGAAAAAUGGUAUUGCUAAGUAGGUCUUAUCGCAAUUGAAAUUUGAAGACCUAACUCAAGGGAAAAACUUUGUUGACAAUGGUAGAGACUUGUACACUGUUUAGGUCAAUAGUUUUAGUGAUAAGGCGUAUUUUGUCUCUACUUUCCAAUUACUUUAAUUUCAUUUCUUUUGUAAAUCUAUGCAUUAUAUAAAUGUAUUAAUGGCAAAUAUAUUCUAAUUGAAAUUUGACAAGUAUUUAGAGAGAGGGAGGAUAGAAAAUUCUAAAACACAGAGCUAACAGAAGAAGAAGAAGAAGAAGAAGAAGAAAGGAAGAUACAUAUAGACAAUAACCAAAGGUUUAUUUCUAAGAUGGGCUCUUCAUUCUUAGAAGAAGAUCUUAAAGAUAUCAAAUGGAGUGAUCAACUAGCUAGACCUCAUGAUUUAAUAGGUUUAACCUGUCCAAUGUAUAUCUUGGUAGAGAAUGGAGGUGACGCUGAUUUAGGAUUAGAAAAAGGACAGAUAAUCCGGAUAGACAGCUGGGACAAGCAAAAGAGGAUAAUCAUUAAGGAUAAGCGUAACAGAUAUGUAUCAGUACCACGUGACUUUCCGAUGAAAUUUCUAGUUCGAAAUAUUCAAGAAAGCUCACUGAAGAAUAAUCGUCGAGCAUUAAAGCCAUGUCCCAGCACUAAGCUGUAUCAUAUAAUUAAAAGCUUUUUUACUGGUAAGCGACUAGAAGUUGAAUUUGACUAUUUCGAUCCCUGGAUUUUUCGGGUCGGUGGCGAACAAACAAAUAGUAGAGAUUAUGGUUCAAUUUACAUUGAAAAUUUGGAAACUCCAAACGGUUGUUUUGGACCUCUGGUUACAGAGCAUUUCCUGAAAGGAUUUUUUAUUUUAAAACAAAAUACCUUCUUAAACAUAUCAAAAUUUGCUAUUAUACCAACGACAACCAACAUUAUGUUAAAAGUGGCGGACGGUUUUGAAAACGACGAAAAUGGUCUUCGUUGGAGGUCGUUUUGUUCUACCCACUCGAAGACUUUAGCGAGGACGCUAAAGUCGGAUUGGUUUAAAUUACCUGGCACGUUAGAUAUUUUGUUGCCUCAUAUAUCAACACUUACGUCGAAUAGCCUAUACACUGACAACGACAAUACGGUAUUUGAUGAAAAUGGUAACAACGAAUCAACUUUAACAAGGAAUUCAAAUUAUGAUCAGAAAGUGUUCAAUUAUCAUGAAACUCAUAAUUAUCAUGAUAGAAAUAGGCAAAAUGUUCAUAACGACGAAGCGGCUAAUGAAUUAGCUGUUCUCACUAUCGAAAGCGAACGAAUUUGCGUAGACGAUACCGACGGUAGAAAUGUGGGAAAUGGACAAAUAAGAAAGAAUUUUCAGGCUGAAAUUCAUAAUACAAAAAGUUCCAAUUAUAAAAAUGUUGUAACUUCCUCUAAGGCCAAUGGAAUGAAUUCUAAAGAUGUUUAUAGGCCUACAACUGAUCGAGGAGUAAACACGGAAGAAAUGGCCAAUGAAAGUAAAAUGGGUAAAAUACAUACUUCGAACAUAGUUGUUGAGAAUAGGAUGGAAUCCGCAACAUUGCCGAGAUAUGUACAGAAGAAUAACGUUCCUCCUCUUCAAACCACUUAUGCUACUUUGCCUAAACAGCAAGUACUCGGCAUUCCUCAACAACAAUACCAAUAUCAAUCCAACCAAUACCUAGUUCAAUCACCUGCACAAUUAACACCAAGCCCGAGUCUGAAUACUCUAUAUGUACUGAAACCGAUUCAAAUAUUACAGAAUCCCGUACAAACGGUGCAGAUGGGCCCAUAUCAAUCUCCAGCACCCAUGCCUAUACCACUUUCUUCGCCAAAUCCGAGAGAGAAUGGGGCGGAGACUUUUAUUCAACACUCGACUCCAAGAGUGAAAGAAAUCGUAAAAAAAUCCUCUGGUUCUGGAACGAGACCCCGACGUUCGGAGAAAACAAGACGACAAUUGGAAGUAAAGCACGUGAAAACAAGUUCGAGAUUUGAUAGAGGGAAAGACGAGGUAGAUCGUCCGAGAAUUAUUCACCUAAGUGAAAGUAGUUCCAAAUUAGCAAGAUCUCCUCCUCCUCAACCUAAAGAUGAAUUACCCUCGCCUAUCUACGAUCCUAGACACGAGGCAGAUAUUGCGAGCGAUAGGAUAAAAAAGGCCGAGGAGAGAGUGGGCAAGGCAUAUAAACGGUUAGACUCAACUGGGUCAGUGAGGUCGUUGCGACAAGUGAUGACAAUGAAAUCUGAGAAAGAUUCUGAUAGUUUUGUGGACGCUGAUGAUCGGAAUAUUGAUUUUUAA